CUGUCACGUCACGAAAUUCUUUCAAUUUCAAACUCAUCUCAAAAACGUCAAAAUAAAUAAACACGAAAAUUACGUUAAGUAAACCAAUUUUACUGUAAUUUUGUUGGUGAAAUUAUAAUAAAUAUUAAAAAAUGGUUCACACUACAAUGGAAGGCUCUUUAUUUGAGCCAACAUUAUACAUAGUAAAAGGCAUGUGCAUCCUGGAUAAUGAAGGCAACAGAAUCUUGGCUAAGUAUUAUGAUAAAAAUAUACUUACAACUACAAAAGAACAGAAAGCUUUUGAAAAGAAUUUAUUCAACAAGACUCACAGAGCCAAUGCAGAGAUCAUCAUGCUGGACGGCUUGACAUGUGUCUACAAAAGUAAUGUGGACCUCUUCUUCUAUGUUAUGGGCAGUUCACACGAGAAUGAGUUGAUCCUGCAAUCAGUGCUGAAUGCAUUGUACGAGUCUGUUAGCAUUCUACUACGCAGGAAUGUUGAGAAGCGAGUCAUUAUGGAGAACUUAGACUCUGUCAUGCUUGCCUUUGAUGAGAUCUGUGACGGAGGUGUGAUCUUGGACUCGGACCCGACGUCUAUCGUGGGUCGUGCGGCGCUACGUACUGAAGACGUGCCACUCGGCGAGCAGACCGUAGCCCAGGUGCUGCAGUCAGCUAAGGAACAACUUAAAUGGUCGCUAUUGAAGUGAAAACAAUUAAAUGUCCCACUCAGAAACAUUAAUUGGUCACUAAUGGAGUUCUAGAGUUUUCUAUAAUCUACUAAAGUCACCAUUAAAUGACUGUGUGUGGUAACUAAGCAUUUAUAUUUAUAAGUUCCAAAAUUCCAUUAUAUAUUAUUUAACGCUA